AUGCUGAACUUCAUCCAUGACAAAGUCCAAUCUCGCUUGCGUGGUGGAGGAGCUACAACACAAUCUUCUGUAGGCAAGGCGGUUAUAAUUCUUAAGUCAGUUGGGAUUGCGCUACCGGUUUUUGCCAUGUCAUGCUUUAAACUCCCCAAGGAUCUGUGUGAGAAGUUAACUAGUGUGAUGAUAGAAUUCUGGUGGGGUGGAAGUGCUGAGAAGAGGAAGAUCUCUUGGGUGGCUUGGAAAAAUCUAUGUAAACCGAAGGAACUUGGAGGAAUGGGGUUUCGUGAUAUUGCAUGGUUCAAUCAGGCUCUACUGUGCAAACAAGCAUGGAGAAUAUGGUCUCAACCUCACUCCCUGCUAGCUCGAGUUAUGAAAGGCAGGUACUUUCCAAAUGGGUUUUUCUUAGAGUGUGGCAUAGGUACUCGGCCCUCGUAUGCUUGGCGUAGCAUCAUGUAUGGUCGAGAAUUACUAGUGCAAGGUCUGAUGAAGCGUAUUGGGGAUGGUCGUAGCACACAUGUAUGGUAUGAUAACUGGAUUUUGCUCGACGUUCCUCGUCCCCCGCAGGGCCGGGCCUGA